AAAAUCCCCCGAAAUUAUGUAGUACACUUGACCUGAAGGGAUAGUAUUUUUUUGGUGGAACAUAUCAAAUUCUCCCAAAUGCUAGGAACAAUCCAAGUUUCAGUGUUAGAUUUCAAGAAUAUUUCAUCUUCUUCAGUUUGCUUAUGGAUUUCCAUGGGGAAGUGAGCGUACCAAACGUGGGGCAAGGGAGAUUUCUCCUUCCCAUUAACCAUAUUUCGCGAUAAGUUGGUUGUUAGACUGGAGGAUGCCAAGGGAAAUGAGAUAUCGUGUAAAGAAGUUGAGAUCUUAUCAAUUGUUGAGAAGGGUUAUUGGGAUGAUUCUUUCCAACUUGAAGGAGGUCAUUAUGUCCAUAUGAAGUUGCAAUUCAUUCUAAGUGAAGAUGAGCGCAACCUAAUUCAGAAUCUUCUUUUGAAGAAGAAACAAGACAAAGUUGCUUCAACAAAUGUUAAAUACAAAGGAACUACAAUUUCUGUGUGAGAUACAUUUGCAUCAUCUAUGCCCAUCACAAGGGAGUUUUCAGAUAAAAGUGAAGUAAACUCAUCUUCACCUGUGAAAGAGGGGGUAUAUUCUGAACCUGACAGCCCAUCAGCUGAGAAGAUACAAACUCAGCUAAUACAUAAUGAUUAUAUUGCUGUAAAACCUAUUUAUGAUAAAGAUGCGCAGAUCAUCUUGAAGAUGGAUGUAACUGUAAAGAAAUAGUCUUUGUCCUAAUAGAAGAUUUUAUCUGAUCCAUCUAAUAAGCCCCAGGAUCAAAGUGGUCAGAGUGCUCAAUCUAUGCUGAAGAUGGAUGUUGCUGCAAAGAAAGAGCUCAUAUUCCAAAAGAAGAAUGUUGAUUCAUAUGAUAAAUCUGAGGAUCAAGACACUCCAAUGUUGAAGAUGAAUGUUGCUGUCAAGAAAGAGUCUGUUUCUCGAAAGAAUAUUUUUGAUUCAUCUCCUGAGCCAGAGGAUCAAGGUGAAAUUGAGAAAACUCCUAGCAGUGUCAGAAAAAUGAUAAGUGCCUUUGAAACCAGUCUUACUCAGAAGAAGGAGAGAAGAUCUCUUAAUAGAAACCGAGCGUCAGAGUCCCAACCAAAUUUAGUUGGAAUCGGAGGCUCCCUAAAAGAUCUUGAUCCAGAUAAUACUUCAAGGCUUAAUCAAAUAAGUGCACUAAGACUAGAAAGACCUCUUAAUACAGUUGACUUGCCAGAGCCUCAAAUAAAUAUUAGCAAAAGAGGAGAAAAUAGUUCUCCAGAGCAAGAUAUUGUUGGUACGGAAUAACCCAUGUUCCAUGAAGAGUUGAAGCAGUCUAGUGUGCAUAUUGUCCGAUUUAACGAAGCAGUCUCAAGUCAGUAGGAGACCUUCAUAUCUGCUAAAAAGGAGUCAAAUACUAUAGAUGCUUCACCUGUAGAUUUGAUGAGAUUAUCCAACCUGGAAACACCUACUAGUUCCCAAAUAACUAGUGUGGCUCAUCCAGUUAUGCUGAAAGCUAAUAAUUUAGCUGUUGAUCGAGAUUGUUUUAAUGGUCCUUCAGUUGCAGAGUAAUGAAACAGAGAAAUUAGAUCAGAGACUUUACCAGAAGUACAUCUUGAAAAAGCUUCAAAUGUGAAACCAAAUCUAAUAGCAUGCUGCGAAGAUGAACUUUAUGACCCUAAAAAUUCUGGUGCAUGGAUAUUUUCAAAUAACAAAAAACAUCUAUGUAUGACAAGUGCAGGUAAAAAUAUAGUGCAUUUAUCAGAAGAUAAUCAUUGGAGUAGAUGAAUCAUUGGAGUAGAUGAUCAUCAAAGAAAUAAGAGACCUUCUAUGUAGGAAACUACAGGGAAGCAAAGUAGUUUUUUCCGUAGAAGUGACUCCGUGACAAAGAAAGGAAGAGAGAAGCCACAAAAUCUAAGAAAUCAAUCUGAGUGAUUUGGAGAAAAUGACUCUUCUGGACCUGUUAGACAGGUGAUAAACAUUGCAUUAGUUGUAGGGUUUGGUAUAUUAGUUCUCCUCACUAGAAAAAGAGAAACCAGGAGAAAUGACAGACAAUCGAAGGAUUUUUACUUCACCAGUCCAGAUUUCUUGGAUCAGUUAGCAUCUUCAGAAGAAUAUGGAGUGUAUUAACGGUAGAUGGAGGUUGAUUCAUUGCCUUUUCCCAAGACAUAGCUAAUCUUUCGGCUUAUUUCCUUUGGCUUUUCAAAGGAUAUAUCUUAUUGAAUUACUCCUUUGCUAAUAGUAGCGAUCUUGAAUUUGAAAAUAUGGUCUGUCACUCUGUGACAAUGAUCUAAACAUUUAAUUUUUCUCAACUUUAGCCUGACAUUUUGAAUAGUCUUUCUCUGGACAUGUAAGACAAGCAACCAUUUUGGUUAAUAGGUACAUUAAAUUUCUGUUGUAAAUGAUUAAUGUCUUGUUAAUUAAAUGAAAUGAGAAUGCAGAUCAGAGUAAAUUGGGAAUGAAACUUUAA